UCGUGCUGUGCUGUCUGGGUUAGCGCGGUCGAUGCUGUGUUUGUGUGAAGUAUACACACACACAGCGAGAGCACAGCGUUGACGGAAUAGGUCAGGAUGAAUCUCCCCUCUAGCACUGGAUGCCGGCAGGCGUUCAUUCGAACCGUUCGCGCUUCAGCCGGUUCUCGGGCGUCCCAUUCCAGCACCGUGAGGGUUGUCCACUACCGACCCCUGGAAUCCUGCUCCUACAAUGCAUACAUCCGGCGUGCCCACAGCAGCUGUAGCACCUCUUCUGCGUCUGGCGUAGCAGCCAGCCCUCGCCAUGAUACAACUACUUCUACCAGAGGCGCUGUUCGAUCGGCGGCACUGGCAAGCAGGAAGGUGGAGAACGGCCCUCUGUCGGGAGUCAAGGGCGCCCCACCCACCGCCGGGUAUUCCACCACCGCCACCUCUACGGCCGGAGGUUCGACUACCACGCCGCCUCCGGCGAGCAACAACAGCGGCAAGCGGAGCCGGGGAGCGCUUUCGCUGGUGGGCGCGGCGCUCUUGUUCGCCGGAGGGUACUUCGGCGCGCAGCUCCUCAAAGGUUCUGGAUCUUCGAAAGGAAGCACACCGGCAUCCGCCACAGACGACGACGAAGAGCCAGCCAUUCCUCAGGCCGCGGUAACGGACAAAGUUUUCUUCGACGUGGAGAUUGACGGCUUACCGGCGGGGAGGGUGAUCAUGGGGCUGUACGGAGCGGUCGUUCCUAGGACAGCUGAGAACUUCGUCGGUCUCUGCAAAGGAGACCCGAAGCAGAGGAGACAGCCCUUCGGCUACAAGGGGUCUAUUUUUCAUCGCGCCAUACCUGGCUUCAUGGUUCAGGGAGGUGAUUUUACGAGAGGCAAUGGAACCGGGGGACUCUCAAUUUUUGGAGCGAAGUUCGACGAUGAAGAUAUGUCGCAGCUGAAGCAUGUCGGGCCUGGGGUAUUGAGCAUGGCCAACUCAGGGCCGAAUUCUAACGGCAGUCAGUUUUUUAUUACCACCGCCCCGUGCGGAUGGCUCGACGGCAAGCACGUCGUGUUCGGGCAAGUUCUUCAGGGAAUGGAUGUCGUCUUCCGGAUCGAGGACCUGGGUAGCAGAAGUGGGAAGCUGAGCGGCAAGGCUGUCAUCGCUGGGUGCGGCCUGGUAAAGCGCAACAGCGCCGCGAUGGAAACCGAGGGAGCAGGUUGGGGAGGGGCCGACAGCAGCAACAGUUUCCGGGCCAACGCUAUGCGUGGGGUACGCGCGGACGUCCGGGAAGAGAAGGCGGCGGUCAGCCGGGCAGUGGGGAACGCACUCAAGUCUUCGGUUCCGUCUGAGGACGAGAGCGGGGCGCGGCAAGAACACUAGAAACGUAGAGCCUCAGCUGCACCGAACGUUUGCCGUUCUUCGGGAAAGACCCCAAGGGUAAACGUCGGUUGCGGUUUCAAUCGCGAUAUCCCGGUCGUGCGAUUCGCCGCAUUUCGACGGUUCUUGUGUAGGUGCUUUAUCCGGAGUGCUGAACCUUAGACAGAGCGGCACGGCCUUAAAAGAGAACCAAAGUGCAACCUGAUGCCGUUUUUCGUCUUCCGUAGUGUACGCCAGCCCGAUGUUUGUUGUUGCCGUCCGGCAGCGACGGAUCUGCGUCUAUCCCCGACAGUACGGCUGGCAGUGCGAGGUCACCCUAGGUCACCCUGUGCUCAACGAGUUGGAGUUGGCAUGUGCAGAACUCUUGCUCCUCGCGUCGGUCUGUUUGUCCGAUGGCCUCAAAACCACGUCAAACCGCGCAUUAAACACGAACGCCCAACUGAAUGAAAAGGCAA